UGGGGGGAUCGAUCGAUUGGAUGCAGUAAAGCGAUCACGUUUUUUCUGGCCCUUUAGAUUCCAAUGCUUUGUCCUCAGCUGCUUUGUUCUUGCCCUUCGCUUCGAACUGUCGUCUGUCGCCCGAUCUCUCCUCCCGGAGCUCGGUCGAUCGCUUUCGAUGCUUGGAUGCAGCUUUGUUGGGUUGGGUGUAGUGCUAGGUUCUUUCCUUUCUCUUUCGCUUCAAUACAGGGCUUUGGGCAUCCCUGCUUCAGUUGUCCCGUAGACCGAGGUUUCGGAUUAGAUCAAUCUACUUUUGAUUUAUCUGCUCCUUCUCGUGAGGAUGUCUGAAAUCUUGGCUUGGGUUUGAGGGUUAUGGUGUUAUAUUUUAGGUGGUUUUAAUUGGACAUUAUAGAUUGUUGUUGGUGUGCUGAUGGUGGUGUUGGUGUUGGUGUUCAUUUCAAGAGCUUUUAUGGGAAAAAGUUGAGCUUUUCCCCCCUUCUUUCCUGUUAACAUUCGUCAUAUUCCAGGAAAAAUUGCAGCUUUUUUUUUUCUUGCAGAGAUUCCUUAGGAAAUUGUGUUAUUCUCUUUGAUCGUGCCUUUUUUCCCGGAAAUUCCUAUAAAUGCUAUGUCUCUAUGCUUUCCCCCUCCCUGUUUCUGUUCUUUUCUAUGUAUGGGGACUCUUUUCCCCCUUGUCAUUGACUUUCUUGCUUGCUUUAGCCCAGACCCAUCGAAGUCCUGGCUCUGUUUCAUGUGCUACAGUCUGCCCUUCUGUCUGAUAGAAGUUCAAAAUCGCAUCUUUCUAUCGUCAUCUGUCAGCUUUUUUUCUUUUUUGACCUUUUCGUCGUCUCCCUGACAGAGAAACUUGGAAAGCCGUCUUUUUUUGUACAAUUUGAACGAGCGGAGGUCGAGGCUAGAAUACCGGGUUCUCACCAUCUGUCGAGUAAAUCUAACGUGAAGAGUCCUAUUCGCUGCAGUAACUUUAAGAACGAAAGCUCGGAAAACACAUGCUGGACAUUUGCGCUGUUAUCAGCAUUUCCUAAAUAUAUUUCUUUGUUUUCUUGUAGCUGCAAGCCUAAAGUGAAACUCAGUUUCUUUGUACCUGUGGAGAUGUUCUGCUUGAUAACCCUGGCAUUUAGGUGAGUGGGUUUCAUAAUAGGAAAGCACAGGAUCUGAAAAAGCCAUUUCCCGGAUGUAUAGGAAGGAUGAUCAACAUAUUUGACUUUAGUGCCGGUGUGGCUGGGAACAAGAUGCUGACAGAAAGACCUCACAGAGAUGGUUUUCCAGUUAAUAGAAACAAACAUGAUGCUAGAAAAGCCACCACACCAAGUGGAACUAAAGCAGAUGACAAACAAAUAGCCAAUGACCUGAAGCAGAAUUUAUCAAGCAAGAAAGCUAGUGGAACACCAAUGAAGAUGCUAAUAGCUCAGGAGAUGUCAAAAGAAACAGAGUCUAUACGGAAACCACCUAGUGUCGUUGCUCGACUUAUGGGCCUUGAUGAUGAUCUUACAGGUCAGCCAUUUCCAAUGUCUAGUCAAAGAAAGUUGCUAGAGGGAUACCCUCAAAGAGCCACAGCAGGUGUUAAUAGAGAUCACCGUCAACGGCAAGAUGUUUUCAACAAGGCGGUUCCAUAUCAGCACCAUAGACAUGACCAUGAGAAGAUGGAACACAGAGAUGUACGCAAAGUGUGGCAGCAACCAUCUUGGAGCAGGAAUGGAAGAUGUGGUGAGAAUCAGACCGAGCUAAGAAUGGCCCUUGUCCGUCAAAAAUUCAUGGAAGCAAAGCGUCUGGCCGCUCAUGAAAAUCUUCUUCACACCAAGGAAUUUCAGGAUGCCCUUGAGGUUCUGAGUUCAAAUAGAGAUUUAUUUCUCAAAUUUCUUGAGGAGCCAAAUUCCCUACUCUCAAAGCAAACAAGCGAUCUUCACUCUAUUCCUCCACCACCUCAGACAAAGCGCAUUACCGUAUUGAAGCCAUCAAAAAAGGUUGAAACAAAGUUUGAAAAGGUAGUGAAGAAACACGAAAAUUCAGAGAUUGAUGAGAGUGGAUUGGAAACAAACAAUCACCAUUGGGAGCCUAAUUUCAAUCAUUUAAAUUCCGAAAGCUUCUUUCGGCCAACCAGGAUAGUGGUCCUGAAGCCUAGCACAGGAAAUCCUACCAAACUACCAACUUCAACCAUGUCACCUGAGUAUCUAGCACGGACUGAAGUUUAUGGUCACCUAGGAGUUAGUGAAGCCUUUGAAUCAAGGUCCUUGGACAAGGAAAGAGCUGAGCAGAUGCAAAAAAGUCUAACUGGCCAUAGGAGGGAUGAAUCGUUGCUAUCUUCCAUGUACUCUAAUGGGUAUGGUGGAGAUGCGAGUUCAUUCAAUCAAUCAGAAACUGAUUACAAUGUAGAAGAUGGUGGCUUUAGUGAUUCUGGGAUAGUGACUCCAACAUCACGCCAUUCCUGGGAUAAAUUUGGCAGUCUUGGCAGUCCUUACUCAGCCUCGUCUUUUAGCCGGGUCUCAUAUUCACCUGAGUCAUCAGUGAUUAGAGAGGCAAAGAAACGGCUUUCUGAACGAUGGGCUUUAGUGACAUCAAAUGGGAUAAGUGAAGAACAAUUACAGUUGCCUAGGAGCUCAAGCACUUUAGGUGAAAUGCUUGCCAUUCCUGAGGUAAAGAGAGAAGAAUUUGUUGAUGGGUUUACUGUCUCAAGCAAUAAACCAUCUGAUGGAGAAGAUGAACUGAGGUCACCAGCAUUUUGCUCAUCAGUGGGUAGGACGAAAGAUUCAGGAGACCUUUCCCCUGGGAAUUUAUCAAGGUCAAAGUCUGUCCCAGUGUCAUCCACAGCUUAUGAGGUCAUUAGCCUGAAAUUUAAAGGUUCGGAGUCUCAGAUUAGUAGAUCCACUGUGUCAGAGGUGUCGAAGACCAAACAUGGGAAAUCAUCUUUCAGAGGAAAAGUGUCAAGCUUUUUUUUCUCGAGGAGCAAGAAAACUAAUAGAGAAGGACCUGUUUCUUCAACCCUGGUGGACUCCCGUGAGGUAGUAAGUAGAAGUGAUGAGAUACAAAAAUCAGCUGACAUCAGUUUGUCAGUGGACAGUCAAGUAAAGGAUGAGGAACAAUCUGCCGAUGUACCUUCUCCAAUAUCAGCCACAAAUGUCACCGAAAAGGUCAUGCCAUCACUUGAGGAACCCCGAACAUGUGACAAGUCUAGAGAAAAGGAGAAACUCAGUCCAUGUCAAAAUUUCAUUAACAACCUGGACCAACCCAGCCCUACUUCGAUUUUGGAUGCAACAUUUGAAGAUGAUAUGAAUGAAAAUUUGUGCCAGCUAUCUGAAGCUAAUGCUGGACAACAACUACUUUCCAGGGCUUCACCUAUAGAGUCAGUCGCACGUUCUUUGUCGUGGGAUGAUGCCCAUUUGGGAACAUUGUCCCCGAGGCCCUCAAAUCUCUAUAAAGCUUCGUCCAAGGCAGAUCACACCGACCAAGACUACUUUGUAUUUGUUCAGAAUUUGCUAUAUUUUGCUGGCUUAGAGAAAUCUGAUAUGAUAUUCACUGGAUGGCACUCUCUUGAUAGCCCAUUGGAUCCGAUGCUACUCGACAAGUUCUUGGGAUGGAAAGAAGAGGAACCAAGAUGCACGGAGAAAAGUUCGACCCUGAGGCUCCUAUUUGACUGUGUCAACUCAGCCCUUGAAGAAGUCAGUUGGACCACUUUAACGAGUCUCUACCUAUGGAAUGGGGCAUCCUGUGGAUCACGGAUAAAUGCUGGUGCAAGUUCUACAUUGUCAGAGGCUGUGUGGAGUCUAAUGAGGGAUUGGUAUUCCGGCAACGGGAUAUCAGUGUUUGCUGAGACCGACAACAAUAGCCUGGGGGUGGAUAGAGCAUUGAGGAGGGAGGUGGAAGGAAACAAGUGGGUUGAAUCGAUCAGGAUAGAAGUAGAGGAGAUCACUGGAGAAAUCAGUGGGGAGGUCCUGAAGGAUUUGGUUGUAGAGGCUUUGGCUGACCUUCCUACUGCAUGUAUCUGCUGACCCCUUUUGUCCCUCAGCUUCUGUUACUUGGCUUUGUUGUUUUUGCUGUGGAAGAGGCUGCUACAAUGUUUAGAUUUCUAUGCUUCCACUAGUGAUGAUGUACGUAAACUAUCUGAUAUGUGGCAUUUGCUUAUAUUACAUGGAUCUCCUGUGUUUAUUGCA